UUAUAAAUGAUUCCUGGGUUUUGGAAGCUGUAUUUUCUGAAGACACUGCUGUUUCAAGAGGCAGAGUGCUUUGGUUUCCAUGGAUCUCUCUGUCAGCACCACCCUCCUCUUGACGAUCUCCUGCUGCCUGUGGAAUACAGAAGCCCGAAGUUACAAAUAUGUGCUCACUGUGCCAAAUGGGGGGCCCUGGGGUUCCUGGGGCUCCAGUGAGUUAUGCACCCAGGGCUAUGCUCACGGCUUCUCCCUGAAGGUAGAGGGAGUCCAAGGAAAAGGCGAUGAUACAGCUCUGAAUGGAAUCCGCUUGUACUGUAGCGAUGGCAGAACAAUUGAGUCUACAGUUGGACCGUGGGGAACCUGGACCGAGACCCAGUAUUGCCCGUCGGGCUACCUGGUUUCUUUUUCUCUGCGAGUAGAACCACCUCAAGGAAAGGGUGAUGAUACAUCAGCCAACAACAUCCUAUUCACCUGCAGUGAAGGUUCUGCUCUGGUGGGCCGUGGGCUGAACUGGGGUAGUUUUGAUGCAUGGAGCCUUCGCUGCCCCUCGUACGCCAUAUGUGGGAUCCAGACAAGGGUGGAGGGUCCCCAGGGCAAAGGUGAUGACACAUCAUUCAAUGAUGUGAAGUUUUUCUGCUGUUAGUUAAUACAUGUUUUCUUACCUAACCCUAAUUAUAAUUAAAUAUGAACAUGAGAACAGGAUGUUUCUCCACGUACUGCA